AUGGAGGAGAAAACGGCGCUGACACACGAGUUUUACAAAGCUGCAAAAGGUGUCUCCAUAUAUGUGAGCUUCUCCACUGAGCCGGACACGAGCAAACUAAUUCUUGCCGCUCUGGAGGAGGGCAAAGUUGUGGUCGUGCCUCAAAUCAUUACUGAGAAGCGAGGACGCAACUAUGAAUUGAGCACUCGUUUGGGACUUAUGCGCAUGCGACGACUGUAUAAUCUGGAUCAAAUCCUUUCCUGGCCCCCCAACAAAUUCGGCGUUAGGGAACCCCCUCAACCUUUGCAUGAUGUAGACCAAGACGAUGCUAUCACUCACUUCGUGGAUCUGUUCGUUGUGCCCGGUCUGGCAUUCACCAUGAGGGGCGAACGGUUGGGACGUGGAAAGGGCUUCUACGACCGCUAUUUAACCGGAAUGCGGAAGUUUUACUUAGAGGCACACCCUAAUCGACCACCCCCUUACACCAUGGCGUUAGCAUUCCCCGAGCAGAUCGUGGAUAGGAUUUGCGUAGAAGAACAUGAUUUUAUUAUUGAUGCGGUUGUUUCUAUCUAA